CUAAUAUAAUCUUUCCCACUCCAGAGGGUACGAUCUACACCCCAUGAUACAUUGCUGCUUUUUUUCUUUUCUUUUUGCAAUGAUUCCUAGAUCUAUGUCUCCUCUAAAUAUUUUACACGAGAUAUUGUCACCGACGAAUCUUGUUACUAUCCCAAAUAAGUGUUGCGUCAGUGUUUGUUCACGUCGAGAUCUAUCGCGGUAGAGAUUGCCGUCAUCGUCAAACGAUCCCCCAUCUAUCCAUGAGCUUCUUACUUGCCCCCCCAUUUUCUCGGGCUGGAUUCUACUUACCUUGCCUGGGCACAUUUUGAUAGAAAAACUGGUUAGAUGCAGAGAUAGCUCUCCGUUCUUGCUACUGGGUUUGUCUUAUUUCCACAAUUGUGAGCUAUCUAAGCAAGCACCAUGUCUCGUUCUAAUCGGCCUUUGGGCCAUUAUGACUUUCCACCUCGUAAUCCAUCUACGAACGAUCAACUUCGUCGCCCUAGAGGUAAUUCAAGACGUCACGAGAUUGAACCGUUGAGAAGUAUUCCUGUACAAGUCGAUUCAAGUUCCGACGACGACGACAUACCCGUCACGAAACCGAGCCGUGCUGCCCAGCACUCACGUUCAAUGAGCCAUCCGUUUCCCUCGCUGUUUUCUAGCAAGAAAAAGAAGAAUGCUCGACCCGAAGAUGAAUCCGGAACCGGUGACUUCGCUGCUGACAUUGGCUCUAUUGGCCCUAAACCCAUACCGCAGCAGAAUAUGGCUCCUAGGAUGAUACAGCGUGGGCCAGCAGAUUUCGCGACGGGCAAUUGUAUGACGUGCGCUAGUUUGGUUAGAUGGCCCAAAGAGCUUUAUACAUUUAGGUGCACCAUCUGCUUGACCAUAAACGACAUUAGGCCAUACGAUUCUGCUGCUGGCCACACGGGUACACCAUCCGGCAUUAGUGGUGCCUCACCACCAAAUGAGACUGAGUUCGGCUCCUCGCGACGACCUUCCCAAUCUCGUACAUCUCAACAUCAUAUAUCGCUCGAUCGUACCAAGCAUAUCAUCAAGCAAUGUUUGCAUUCAUCCUUAGAGUCAUAUAUAUCAGCGCAAUCACAUCCAGAGCGCACCCAGUUUCCGCCAGAACAAUUCUUAUCGCAUUCACCCAACGAAAAUUCCGCCAAUAUCGACUCUUCACGUAAGCAAGAUGGUUUGCCCGCUUCAAGUAAUUGUCCGCCCAGUCAUGCCUAUAAUGCCGUGUUCGAUGACUUUGCCGAUCUCAACCUUGAGCCAAAUCCAUUGAACCGUAACGUAUCUAUGCCAAGGUCAUACUCGACGUCGUAUCCCGACGUUAGAAGCUCAACUUUUCCUGUGACUAAUGACGCCGGUAAAGAUCGAGAUGUCACUGUUUCGGAGUUGGAGCCUAAGAUGAUUUUCAAGAAGUUGGAGGAAUACUUAGUAUCGUGUUUUAGUUCUCAUCUAUGUAUCAACAAUUCAUUUCCUACACGGCACAUGAGUGCUAGCUCUAAACUCCCUAGCGAAGUUGUUAAACAGCAGGUUCCUGAGACCAAGAAGGAAUCAGUUCGUGAUGAUACACCGAUAUCAGAACUCGAUCCUAAACUUCUCCUCUUAGGCGAUUUCGCGGAGAAUGGCACAUGGUGGACUGGUGGCCAAGAGGAGGUCCAACCUUCGAAGAUCCCACCCCGACGGAAAAGCGAUGUGCCUUCCAUUGUAUCUUCUAGGUCUCCCCGAAUCGAUUGGGCCGCAGUCAGUGAAUGGUACCGUGUGGUAGUCAAUGCAGCCCAGCUUUGGCCGGAAGUCUACGCGGAGAUGGUUCGACUUGGUCCGCAUCGGGCGCUACCGGAUGCAAAGCUCUCACAGUUCGAAGCACUCGUUAUCUCAGCUCAAGAGCAUCUACAGCAGGUCCUAUUAAAGUGCACAGAAAGUCUCCUGAAGCGCCCAGGGCGAUUAAUGAAAGAGCCUCAGGAUGUUCGCUUCUUGCUCUUGAUGUUAGUCAACCCUCUUUUUAUUUCGGGGUUCAAAUCAUACAGCGGCCAGUACCAGAAUCUUGGUAAGGAAAGAGAAAAGAGAGCAGCUAUCGGGCAGGAUGUAAUAGAAUCCCAGACCAAGACUUCUGAAAGAUACUCCGGGAUUAUCAAGCGGAUUUUUGGCUUAUUGGCGAACUCGUCUGAGCCGUGCCAUCAACACUUGAUUACCUGGCUCUCCAGAGUACCCGAGCACCUUUUUCUGCAAACGAAGGACCUGAUCAGUGGUUUCAUGGCCUAUAGGUUAAAUCGACAAAGCCAGAAGAAAGUCGAGCCGCGGAUCGACAUGACGGGUGGCUUAAUUCCGCAAAUGUCUAAUUCUCGCUCUAGUAAUACAGCAGCGUCUCUUCACGCUGCUCUGGAAUCCUCCAAGUCCAAGAAGCGGAAACAACCUGUCGAACCAGUUCGCGCGGCGUACACAGAUGACUGGCAAGUUAAAGCUGCCGCAAGGGUCAUGGCUCUUAUAUAUGCAGCCAAUAACUUGACACACGUCCGUCGUGUUGACAAAUCCGGCGGGCGUAGCCAUGGCCAUCUAUUACCGAUAAGUGAUUUUUACAGCUCGUUGGUUGACGGCUUGGACUUCAAAGCCGAUUUUGAGCUAUGGGAAUCAAAAAGAGGCCGUUUUACCUUCUGUCAAUAUCCAUUCUUUCUCAGCAUCUGGGCGAAGAUACAAAUAUUGGAGUUUGAUGCCAAACGGCAAAUGGCUGGAAAGGCCAGAGAAGCUUUCUUUGACAGUAUUCUAACGCACAAGAACUACGCGCAAUACCUUAUGCUAAAUAUCCGCCGAGAAUGCCUCGUGGAAGACAGUCUCAAGCAAGUGAGCGAAGUUGUGGGUAGUGGGGGAGAGGAAAUCAAAAAAGGGUUACGCAUCGAAUUCAAAGGAGAGGAGGGCAUCGACGGGGGAGGUCUUCGGAAGGAAUGGUUCUUGCUUCUCGUGAGAGAGGUGUUCAACCCAGAUCAUGGACUAUUUGUUUACGAUGAAGACUCCAAUUUCUGUUACUUCAAUCCGAAUACUUUUGAGACAUCCGAUCAAUACUUCCUUGUCGGAGUAGUACUUGGAUUGGCCAUCUACAACUCGACUAUAUUAGAUGUCGCAUUUCCACCCUUUGCGUUCCGAAAGCUGCUCGCCUCUGCUCCUCCUCCUACCCCUGGGACACCCGCACACUCUCGCCCAUCGAUGAGCUACACCCUGGAUGAUUUAGCCGAAUUUCGUCCAGUCCUCGCAAGGGGUCUACGGCAGCUACUAGACUACGAAGGGGAUGUACAGUCGACAUUUUGUCUAGACUUUGUGGUUGAGAUCGAGAAAUAUGGCACGAGAGUUCGGGUGCCUCUUUGCCCAGGGGGCGAAUCGAAAAUGGUGACGAACGCAAACCGGCGGGAGUAUGUCGACCUCUAUGUCAGAUAUCUACUUGAUACUUCGGUUAGCCGGCAAUUUGAGCCUUUCAAGAGGGGUUUUUUCACUGUCUGUGCUGGUAAUGCGCUGACGCUUUUCAAACCGGAGGAGAUUGAACUACUUAUCCGCGGUUCAGAUGAACCGCUGAACAUUACUGCCUUGCAAGGAGCUGCGGAAUAUACAAACUGGCCAGGACCACCCGACCGAUAUCCCACAAUACGGUGGUUCUGGGAUACGUUUGAGAGAGCUUCGAUUACGGAUCAACGUAGGCUGCUAUCUUUUAUAACAGGCAGUGACCGUAUCCCUGCUAUGGGUGCGGCAUCUCUAGUAAUCAAGAUCAAUUGCUUGGGUGAUGACGAGGGGCGCUUCCCCUCUGCAAGGACAUGCUUUAAUGUCUUGGGGUUAUACCGCUAUACGUCUCGUCAAAGACUGGAAACAUCUCUGUGGCGAGCAGUCAAUGAGAGCGAGGGAUUCGGACUCAAGUAAUAGUGAAGGACAUUUCACGAGCUCAUGACAGCAUUUCAGCGGCGUUUAUGGAUUCACGGAGCUCAGCGAAAAUCGGCGUACUAAAAUAUCCUAUAAGCGGACGAGGCUUGACAAAACCAUAUGCUACCAGUAUUGUACUUGGAUGGCGGGACUUCUCAGGACAAGAGGGGAUCUGUAAUUAAAGGGACGUUCACUGAUUAUACCCAGCUAGCUGUAUCGUUACUGUACAUGGCUACCAUAGCGGAUGAUAAAUCGAGCUUUACCUAGUAGAUAAUGCAUUACCUACGGGCUUAAAGUACUCGGGUGCUAGUAGGAACAUGUUUAUCAAAUCAUAUACGAAGAAAUUCUACCAAAGCCCCAUUGUAUCUAGAGCCGAUCGGUUACGGAUGUAAGAUACGCAUUUACUAAUAUGGUACUCGUGAUGUCACCAGGUGCUCAGUGUGUUACUAAAAUGUCUGAUAUGGCACGGAAUUAAACCAACAACGGC